AAGUACUACCGGCAGAUGCAGACCAUCCGCCGGCUGGAGACAUCGGCCGGCAAUUUGUACAAGGAGAAGCUGGUGCGCGGUUUCUGCCAUCUGUACUCGGGCCAGGAAGCGUGUGCGGUCGGUAUGAAGGGUGCCAUGCGCCCGCAGGACAACAUCAUCUCGGCGUACCGCGUGCACGGCUGGACGUACCUGAUGGGCGUAACGCCAAAGGGGGUCCUGUCCGAGCUGACCGGUAGGCAGGGUGGGUGCGCGCGCGGCAAGGGCGGUUCCAUGCACAUGUACGCACCCAACUUCUACGGUGGCAACGGAAUCGUGGGGGCACAGGUACCGCUCGGGGCCGGUGUCGCACUGGCGUGCAAGUACAAGGGCAACGAGGGCGUAUGUCUGGCGCUGUAUGGUGACGGUGCGGCCAACCAGGGUCAGAUCUUCGAGGCGUACAAUAUGGCACACCUCUGGAAGCUGCCGUGUAUUUUCGUCUGCGAAAACAAUGGCUACGGCAUGGGAACGAGUGCGGAGCGCGGCUCAUGCAAUGUGAACUACUACCAACGCGGAGACGUACUGCCGGGCAUCUGGGUGGACGGUAUGGACGUAGUGGCUGUCCGUUUGGCCACCGAGUUUGCCAUCAAUCACGUCCUAAACGUGGGUCCGGUUGUCAUGGAGGUCUAUACCUAUCGUUACUCCGGCCAUUCAAUGUCUGAUCCCGGCACGAGUUAUCGCACGCGCGAAGAAGUCCAGGAAGUCCGUCAGACGCGUGAUCCUAUCUCCUCGUUCAAGGACAAGAUUCUAACGGCAGGAUUGGUUACCGCUGACGAACUGAAGGCAAUUGACAACGAAGUCAAGAAGGAGGUGGACGAAGCAACGAAACAAUGCAAGGCGGACUCGGAGAUUGGUCUGCCGGAGCUGACGACCGAUGUGUACGCGAGCAACCUUGAUGGAGAUAUCCGUGGCUGUACGCCCGGUUCCUGGCUGAAGCAUGCAACGCUCAAGCAGGCCCGUAACCUGUGACGAAACUGAUGUACCGUUGAGGCCCUCGGUAGCCCAUUCUAAUCCUAUCAAGUGACCUUUUUUCUGCCGUGUACAAACUUUAAAAUAUACCGUAGACA